AUGGUUUACUCCAGCCUCCAAAAGUCGCCUCCGCUCGACUUGUCGCAUCAUCUCUCGGCGGUGACCAAGAGACGCGAGAACAGUCUGGUGAAGAGCCUGUACAAGUACAUGAUCCGACCCAAUGUCGAUAACAUGGCGGGUGGCUUGCCAAAUGCGUCAUACUUCCCCUACGAGACCCUCGAGGCCACGGUCGCCCACCCCCAGCGAUUCGCGGAGACGGCAACCACAGAGAAAGGAGACGCGCGGACCACGGACCGCAUGGUCGUUCCCAAAGAAACCCCCCAUGCCAACACGCUCCACAAGAUCGAUGUCGCCACGGCCCUGCAGUAUGGCACCGCCGAGGGGCUGCCGGCCCUGGCCACGUUUGUGCGCGAGUUCGCCCGCGAGCAUCUCCACCCCAACGUCCCCUAUGCGGGCGGGCCGGCGACCCUGCUCACGACGGGGGCGACCGACGGCCUGUCCAAGGCCGUGGAGGCGUUCACCACCGCGUGGGAUCCGCGGCGCGACUGGAUCAACCAGCGGGAGGGCGUGCUCUGCGAGGAGUUUGUCUUCAUGAACGCCAUCCAGACCUUCCAGCCCCGGGGCGUCAACGUCGCCACCGUCGCCGUCGACGCGGAGGGGAUGGUCGCGCACGGCCCGGGCGGGUUGGCGGAUGUGCUGGAGAACUGGGAUUUCAAGAAAGGUCGUCGCCCGCAUCUGAUGUACACCAUCACAAUCGGCCAAAAUCCCACGGGCGGGACUCUGUCCGUGGAACGCCGGAAGGAGAUCUAUGCGCUGUGUCAGCGGUACGACAUCCUGAUCAUCGAAGACGACCCGUACUGGAACCUCCAGUACCCGUCCGCGGCGGCCACGGAGGCCCAGUACCGCGGCUCGCCCGCCGCGGUCCACCCGGCCCCGCGCAACUACAACGCCCACGGCCGGUCCUCCGGGUACGCGUUCCUGGACUCGCUGGUCCCCUCGUAUCUGUCGGUGGACACGGAUGGCCGCGUUGUGCGCCUGGACACGUUCUCCAAGACGAUUGCCCCCGGGUGUCGGCUGGGCUGGAUCACCGCCCAGCCGGCCUUCAUCGAGCGGCUGACCCGCAUCACCGAGACGAGCACCCAGCAGCCGUCCGGGUUCGUGCAGGCCAUGGUGGCGGAGUUGAUCGUAGGCCAGCAGGUGGACUCGGAUACCAGUUCCAACGGCAAGAGCAAGGGCAAGGGCAAGCCGCGCGCCUGGCAGAUGGAUGGCUGGGUGCGGUGGCUGGAGGGGCUGCGCGCGAGCUACGAGCAGCGCAUGCGCGACAUGUGCACGGUCCUGGAGGAGGGGAAGUACCUGGUCGACACGGACGAGGCAGACCCAAAUGCAGGGACCUGGGAGGUGCUGGACAAGGUGCAGAUGUAUGACUUUACGUGGCCCACCGGCGGCAUGUUCGUGUGGCUGAAGGUCAGCGUCGAGACGCAUCCCUUGCUGCAGAGGUACGGGGCCGAGCGCCUGAGCAAGGCGCUCUGGCUGCAGCUCAUGGAGAAACCGUAUCUGUGUCUGAUGAGUCCCGGGUCGUUGUUCGCGCCCACCCCUGCGGCGCUCAUCCGCUCGCAGCAGUACUUCCGGCUGUGCUUUGCGGCGAUGCCCGCGGAGGAGGUCGCCGGCAUCACUCGGCGGUUGGUGGACGGGUUCCGGGCGUUCUGGAGGAGGAAGGACCUGGAUGGUUUGGAGGACGAGGAGAUGAUGCUGCAGCGGUUGCAGUUGGAGGGACCGGCGAAUAUGAUGGGGUUGGGGUACCACAUCCACCUUACGCCUCUCCGUUCCUCCCCUCCCACAUCCCCGAAGAUGUCCCUCUCAAACGCCGACCUCGCCGAAGAAAUCGAAGCCAUCAACGCGAUCUACGACCCAGACACCAUCACAAUCUCCAGCACGGGGACCAGCACCGCAAGCGCAGCCGCCGCACCCUCCACCCUCGACCUGGGCAGCAGCAGCAGCAGCAGCAGCAGCGAACCCGCUCCAACAACCCUCAAACUCCAAAUCCCGAACCACCCGCACCUCUCCUUCCUCCUCGGCUUCCCCGCAACCUACCCGGACACGCCCCCGCUCAUCCAGGGCACCGCCUCGACCGCCGCCCGCGGCGAAGGCAAACUCGCCGUCGACAUCCUCGCCGCCAUCCUGUCCCGAGUCUACACCGCCGGCGCGGUCUGCCUCUUCGAUCUGAUCUCCGAAGCGGAGACGGCGUUCACGGAGAUUGGCGUGGGCGGGGAGAGUACCACCACCACCACCGCCGCCGCCGCCGCCACCACUGCCAAUAACAACGACGCCAGCAACGGCAAUGACACCAGCCCAAGCGCAGCGCAAGAUUCCCCUGCGGAACUCACCCAGCCCGCGAAGCAGCUGCACGAGACGUUCGGUCUCCCCGCGCCGCCGGAAUGGAUCGUCUCGGAGGUGAUCACGGAAAAGAAAUCCGUGUUCGUGGGGCGGGCGGCCCGCGUGACGAGUCUGGGCCAGGCGAAGGCGAGUCUGGAUUAUUUACUGGCGAGCGAGAAGAGGGUCGCGGCCGCGACGCAUAACAUCAGUGCGUGGAGGAUUCGGGAGAGGAGGAAGAUUCCCGGCGGGGCUUCUGCGGGCGGGGAGGUGUCCGUCGUGCAGGACUGUGACGAUGAUGGGGAGACGGCGGCCGGGGGCCGGCUGCUGCAUCUGAUGCAGUUGAUGGAUGUCUGGGAUGUGGUGGUCGUCGUGACGCGGUGGUAUGGUGGGGUGCUGUUGGGGCCGGAUCGAUUUCGAAUCAUCAAUGCGGCGGGGAGGGAUGCACUCGUUAAAGGGGGGUUCGCGAGGGAGUCCUCCUCCUCGUCGUCGUCUGGCGGGAGUGGGGAGGGAGGUGGCAAGAAGAAGAAGGGGAAGAAAUGA